CGGGCGGCGGCCUGAGGUGGCCGGGCCGGGGCCGGGGCCGGGGCCGCCAUGAACGCCUCGGUGGUGAAGCGCACGCAGGACGCGCUGGGGAAGGUGAUCAAGAAGCCGCCGCUGACUGAGAAGCUGCUGAACAAGCCCCCGUUCCGCUACCUUCACGACAUCAUCACGGAGGUAAUUAGAAUGACUGGUUUUAUGAAGGGUCUCUACUCAGAUUCUGAGCUGAAAUCUGAUAAUGUUAAGGAUAAAGAUGCAAAAAUUAGCUUCCUUCAGAAGACCAUAGAUGUUGUGAUCAUGGUUUCAGGAGAACCGUUAUCGGUGAAACCAGCGCGAAUUGUGGCAGGACAUGAACCAGAAAGAACGAACGAGCUACUCCAGGCGAUUGGAAAAUGCUGUCUCAAUAAGCUCUCAAGCGAUGAUGCUGUGAAAAGAGUUCUCGCUGGAGAGAAGGGGGAUACGAAGGGGAAAUCUGCACUGACUUCAAAAUCCCAAGAUCUUGAUAAUAAGGAGUUUAAGGAGGAAGAUCCACGGAUUCAGAAAGAGAAAGAGGACAGGAGGCACUCUGAAAUCAAAGACAGAAGCACAAGCCGAGAACGCAAACAAAGAGAAGAGUCUAAAGAAGAAGAGAGCAAACAGAGAGAAAAGGACAGGGACAGAGAACGAGAGAAGAGCAAGGAGAAUGACCGGGAGAGGCACAAAGAUCCCGACCGGGACAAAGUGAGAGACGGGGAGAGAGACCGAAAUAAGAACAGAGCUAAGCCGGAGCGCGAGAGAGAGAAGAGCAGAGACAAAGACAGAAGCAACAAAGACCGAGAGUCAGAACGUGACAAGGAGAAGGACAGGAAGAAUGACGGGGUGAAAGAAAAGGAUCGGUUGAAAGAAAGGGACAGAGAGAAAGAGAGAGAGAGAGAUCGAGACAAGGGGAGAGAAAAGGACAGGGAGAAACGGAGAGAGCGGCUGAAAGAUGGGGAGCACUCAAGAGAACAGGAGAAGGAAAAGAUCAAGGAGCAGGAAAAAACAGAAAAAAAGGCUACAGGCACAGUGGAGAACUUGUCAAAAAAAUUCUCGGAGUCAUCUAUGAAAGACACCAGAGUGGACAUGGACAAAGAGAUCGACCUUGCCAAUCGAGUAUCUAGGUCGCUGACAGCCAAAGGAUCGAGAUGGAGGUCCAAAAAUCCAGCAGAAGGAAGAAGGGAGGACACCGUUGUCUCGGCUAAGACUAUCUCAGACCCAACAAUGGCUGGGCUGAUUAAGGAGCCAGAGCAGCAGACAGCGUCACCUGAGAUAGGAAGAAAGGAAGCUAAUAAUAAUUCAGCUAGUGUUUCAGACGGCAGCCCAGCUAGUGUGUGGCAUGAAAACCCUGAGCCAGAGCCGACAGCCAAGAUGAAAGGUGAUUCCACUAGUGAUGCAGAAGGAGAAGUCGGAAUAGUUACCCAAGAGAAGCCGGUGAUGUCAGAAAAUACUGAAAUGCCCAAUGAACUUGCAGCUGGCAUCCCUCAGAGAAGAAUGCCCCGCCCUGGCAGUGCCCGACCAGCCCCACCUCGAAUCAAGCGACAAGAAAGUGCUGAAGUCUUGGUUCCGGAGAGGACAGGCAGUGGUAAGAUGGUCUCCAAUGUGAUUAUCGAUUCCCAGAAUUCGGACGACGAGGAGGACAGCCAGUUUGUGGUGGAGGCUGCCCCCCAGCUCUCAGAGAUGCCAGAAAUGGACACGCCACCAGCAGUCGAAUUAGAAGAAGACGAGAAGCAUGGUGGCCUCGUCAAAAAGAUCUUAGAGACCAAGAAAGAUUACGAAAAACUUCAGCAGUCUACAGAGAAGGACAGACCGCUUCUGUUGGAAGCAGCCUGGAAGAAGGAAAAGGACAUUGUGUCCAAGGAGAUUGAGAAGCUCCGGACGUCGAUUCAGACGCUGUGUCGCAGCGCCCUUCCCCUGGGGAAGAUCAUGGACUACAUCCAGGAGGACAUGGAUGCUAUGCAGAAUGAGCUGCAGGUGUGGCACUUGGAGAACAAGCAGCACGCGGAGGCCCUGCAGAAGGAGCAGAGCAUCACAGACUGUGCGGUGGAGCCACUCAAGGCGGAACUAGUCGAGCUGGAACAGCUGAUUAAGGACCAGCAAGAUAAGAUUUGUGCAGUGAAGGCCAACAUUCUGAAGAAUGAGGAGAAGAUCCAGAAAAUGGUCUAUAGCAUCAGCAUCAGCUCACGGUGGUGAAGGCCCCAAAGCAACCCCUUCAAAUCAAAGGGAAAGACGUGUGCGUGAUGGAAAGCCGCGUCCUUUCAGCACUCACAGUCUGCUAAGAAAUCACGUCAUCGGCCAACCACGUGAAGGAGCCGCCAGGAUGACGACCUGGCCGUUGGGCCGUGAGGGUUUGCUAGUGACGGCCGGCUGCCCUUGGCGCACCUGCAGGCUUCCUUCCCUGGCACGCUUGCCUGGCCAGCCCCUCUGGGGAGGUGUGCAAAGGACACUUUGUGACAACAAAUGACUACGUCAUUUUCAUCAUCUGAGACCAGGUCCCAGAUUUAUUAAAUUGCGCCCUAUGAGUCCUGGGGAUUCUCACACGUCAAGCACCGAGAAAUGUGCUGCCAGGCUAAAUGAAUAGUCACUUUAUAAAAAGAAGAAAAAGGCCUUGAAAACGCUGAAGACGAAUUCCUGUUUGUGUCUGCAUUUGGAAAGGUUAAUAUAAGUGCACGUGUUCUUCUCAAUACUCGUCUGUCUUCAUGCUUCUCACCUAAUUCCAGCUGAAGAUACUCCCCUGUUCUAUUUUCCUAUUGGUUCCUUGCAUGUCUUUAAGUUAAUGGUUUUUUUUUUCCAAUUUCACAUUUUUCUGGCUAUCAGAUUCCCAACAUGAAAUCAUUUGAGUCCACUCUCUUCUCUCCCAUAUGUAUACAUCGCCACUGACCAGGCCCGACGGAAACAGGCGACUCUCUGUAAGGCCGCCCUUCCCAUCCUCCGAGUUCAGGAAAGAACUCGGUCUUACCAGGCCCCAGUGGCGUUCUGGUGCCUUUCCUUUGCUGGUUUGUUUGUUUGGGGUGGGGGGGGGGUCACAAAAUCCAAAAAGGAGCUUUAUAGUGACUGCAGAGAGAAGACCAAAGUAGACACAUUUAUUGUUCAGUACCGCUGUAUUACUGUUUCCAGAAAACACUAUCCAGAAAAGCCUAUCUUUUUAUAUAAUUUAUAUUAGGUUUUGCAUUUACCUGUGGCAUUGGAGAAGCUUAGAAAAGUCUUUAAGUUACCGGAUAAAGGAUUUCACUGUGUUUGGAGAUAUACUUACUGGUUUUCGCUUCUAUCUCCUGCUUAGUUCCAUUGCUAAAUUUCUGAUUGCUGAGGUCAUUAUGUAUGUGCACUGAAGACAGCCCUGUUUACUCGUUACCAUUAUCUGAUCCAAGGUUGACUCCCUUAGGAAUGACUCCCGAUGGCACUGUUGAGUUUGCCCAGUGGCGCUGGCAGUUAAGCCAUGCACUAAAGCUGUCCUGCAGCAAUCUGGAUGGAAGAUCUCAGGGAACCGUCUUUCAGAGUGGAGGCUUUGGAGCCCCCUCCCCUAGAGAAUCUUCACCUUCUCGUGAGCUAGCUCUUCCCUGCUUUAUUCCCUCCUGCGUGCUGAGCAGCUUUUCACAUCUGCUUAUGGCCUCUUCUACACUGGAUGGCAUGAUGAAGCCGCGCUAAGAUGACCCCUGUCAUGCUUUGGGACAAGAUGCCUUUUAUGCCUUCUAUGAAUCUGUAAAUAGGACCAGAAUUUCUGUGUAGAAAGGAUGGCCACUAUACUGUAUGUGCGUAAACAUUUGUACAAAGUAAGGUCUCAAAAAUUGUAUCAUAACAUUUAUUUUUCUUUUCUAUAUAAUUCAUUAAAAACAAUCACCUAUUUUUUCUAUGAAGUGUAUGAGUUGUACAGUUCAGUUCCACCUUGGAAACAUUAUUUAUGAGAAUUGAAUUAUCUUUUUGGAAAUUCAUGUAUUUUACUUUGUUCUUGUACAAAAAGUUCAGGGAAAUUGUUUUACACAUUACUACAAUGACAUUGCCCUUCUCUGCAUUAAAUGAAGUUUCCUCUAAGACGGACAAGCAUUUAUCAGAAGUUCUAAGACCAUUAAUGAUGUUCUUGGGUGUCAGUUCCGAUGAUUAUUUUUUCUCAAUGCAUACUGAUUAAGUCCUUGUCUUGUUUAAUAUUUGGAAAAGAUACACAAAUGAGAUCACCUAAAUGCUUUCCCCAAUGAAAAACUUCUUAAGUUUUCAGUGAAUUUUGAAAUCACACCUUCCAGGGAUUUACACGAAAAGUGACUUGGUGUCCCAAAGGGUGAGUCUGGGAAAGAGUGUGAGUGAGAUGGACAUCAACUUCUCAGCCGCUCGUGCUUUCUCAGCCAGCAGCUUUUUAGGGAAAUCGUGACCAGCUGACAUUGGCCCACACGGAGCUGACUCAGUGACCCCCAGCAAGGCCUUGUCAGGGUUCGGUGUGGUUGGAUGGAUGAUGAGUCGGUUCUGUCUCUUGGGGGUGAAAUGAACCUGAAGUACCCACAGGUUAAACUUUGCCAAAUAAACUGUCCACAAGAUG